GGUCAAUCGGGACGCUCCUGUCCAUGUAUACUAUGGUCCAUAUUCUGAAUUCUCUUUUAUCGAUAAAAGUACCUUAAAUGUAGCUUCUCAGCCAAUCAGUUGGCUCCUAGGUCCAUAUUCCUAAACGCUAUAUUCCUAGGUCCAUAUUCCUAACGCCUAAACUUCUUUUAGAGGUACUUUUAUAGAUAAAAGAAGAUUCAGAAUAUGGACCUAUGUCCAUGAAUAAGGCCCAGUUCCACAACCUUCAGUUAACUUAAGUUGCUGGUUAUUCCAUUGAAGUUGACCAAUCGCAUUUGACAUUAAGAAGAGUUAAUCAGAAUUAACCAAUCACUAUUGGGACUUAACUGGUAGUUAAAAUUAAACGGAUGUGUGGAACGUCGCCUAAGCACGAUUUUCUCAAUUGUUCGUUUUUGUUGUAAGUUCGAAAAGUGAGAAAAAGCAAAGUUUGUCGGAAACGAUAGAUUUACGCGAGAUUGACGGUGCGUUUUAAUUUUGUUGACGUUUUAUUGACGUGUAACACAGAGAAGCAGAAGAAUUGAUAAAUUUAUCCAUUUUCAAGAUGUCAUCUUUUCCUACUUGGUGAUUAAUGUUUUGAUAGGAAUUGUGCUUCUUAGAUUAGAUUCAUAGAAUGAACACAUAAUAAUGUUUCUUCGAAAUUUCUGCAAAUAGAAGAUUUCUUAAUAAUUCUAAGAUCACGUUAUUCAUUAAAUCUACAGUACUUGCAUGUUAAAACAUAUAUGGACUUACAAUGGAUAAAGUAAUAGAAGUAGAAAGUUCUUCAGAUGAUGAUGAUACAUAUACAAACCCUGCUGCUCGUUUAAGAGCAUUAAAACAAAAACGCCUUGAAAAUGAGAAACUUGAAAAGUCUAUCAGUGUUGCAGUAAUAAAUGAUGAAAAUGAUGUAACGAUUACCAAUACAGAAGUUUUACCAAGUAAUAUAAUAAAUGAAAACAAUAUACAAACAGAAACUAGAAUUACAAGAUCUGGAAGUAGAGGUGUAAGUAAUGGUAGAGGUAGAAGUAGAGGUAAAGGUAGAGGCAGAGGCAGAAGCAGAUGCACAUUCUAUCCUACUACUAGGUCAACUAGAAAAAGGCAUUCGUUUGUCGAUACUUUAGAGGUGGAAUUUAUACCAUUAGAGCACAGCGAUAAACCAAUUUCUGAACCCACCAAGGAUGAUAUUAUCGCCUUGUCCUCGGAUGAUGACGCUUGUGGCGAGGAUGAUAACUACGAGAUUAAUAUAAAAGUAUUGUGGAGAUCCGUCAGGCUAGAUCGUCUGAGUAUGCGUAGGCACGAUAGUUUCUUGAAGAUUUUUCAGCAUUACGCUGAUCUGGAGAAAGUCUCUGUGGAUGAAAUUUUAAUCAUGAGGAACGAUAAAAUCAUCAAUCUUGUUGAUACGCCAGCAUUGCUUAAUCUUUCAGUUAUAGAUAUACUCGAUGGUGGCAUAGUGAAUCCAGGUAUGAACACGUUAUCCUGUAAGGAUAAGGACAACGAUGAAAAUGAUGAAUGCAAUAUUAAAGUGCAAACUGCUAACAAAAAACAGUCUUUGAUCGUCCCGCUCAAGAAGAAUCAGCAAUUUAGAACGCUAUUCUCUUAUUGCGCGUUACAACUCGGCGAAGAUGAAAGUAAUCUGAAGUUCCAUUUCGAUGGGGAACAGAUCGACCCAACCGACACGCCGGAAUCGUUAGACAUGGAAGGAGAAGCGUGCAUCGAUCUUCGAAUCUCGUCCGUGUAACUUGCUGCAUCAAGUAUAACAAAAGUUUUUUGUAUAAGAAGUUUUAUAAUUAUAAUUUACAGAAACUGUGUCUUUUUUAUAUAGACUUUUACAGCUGAGGAACGAUUGUUCUGACUUUUUGGUAAACUAUUUGACAAUUAAAUCAUAUAUUUACCUUCGUUUUUUUUUUUCAAAUUGAACAGAGAUAAACACAUGAUUUAAUUGUUAGGUGGCUUAUUAGGUUGGAAUAAUGGGCCUUCAAUGUAAGAAUAUCAAACUUGAAAAUCCUAUUCAUUCCUAAAAGACUAUUAGUAAUUUAAAAUUAUUGUAAAAAUAGAUUAUAUUAUUUUAUGAGAAAAACAUCAAAUUACUUAUGUAUCAAGUCAAAGCACACGAAAGAGGAGCAAAGAAUUCCAAUAGAAAAAAUUUUAUCUUCAGAAUAAUCUAUAAUUUUGUUUUAACUAUCGGAUAAUAUUGUAUUAAUAAAUUUUCAAGCACACA